UCGUUUAGUUUUAGUCAGAAUUCACCCUGCUUCCGAACAAGUUCAGAUUUAUUUUUUCAGCCGAUUCAUUUUGAGAAAAAUGGUUUCUUUAAAGGUUAUUGUUUUACUGGCAAUGGUGUCCCGAUCACUAGCGCAGCCUGUUGGCAGUUUGCCGCGAAACUCGAAGGAGCGAGCCGCGCCCAAGGAGGAACCGGUUGUACCCCGCGAUUAUGCUUUCAACUAUGACAUUCAAGAUGGUUUCGUCGGCAUGACUCACGCCCGCAGUGAAGUCCAACGUAACGGAGUGAUCAAAGGAUUCUAUCGUUACAGUCGCCCCGACGGAGUCCUUGUCACUGUCACUUACACGGCUGAUGAAACUGGUUUUCAUCCUGUCAUCACGGAAGAAAAAGCACCCAAUUUGAGGUCAUCCAGCGCUGUUCAUACGAUGUAUUCAUCAGAUAAUGCGGAACUGAUCAAAAUUACGCUGACCGAAGACGAUGCUCAAUUGGCUCGUCAAAAAUCGGAGGCUGCACUGGUGGCCACCACGUCCCAACCUGGUCCUAGAGUUCAGCAGGAUUCUCAGAAUUCUGAUAGGCAGAUCGUAUCACGAUCCGAAUCCAUUUCGCAGCCACAGGAUCAGCAGAUUGCUCGUUGGUCCAGAAUGAUCAAUCCUUAAACUGUUGUCUCUGCUGUCAACUCGCAAAGGCGCUGUAAUUAAAAAAAAAAAAAAAAAACGAUGAGGUAUUGUUUCUUGUCGCUAGAUGGCAGCUACGACUAAUCUUCUCUCAGGCAAAAAAAAAAAAAAAAAAUCUCAUUCCAGUUCGCCGAUAACCCCCGCAUUUUGUCUACUUUGUCAGUUCCUUAAUCUUUUACAUUGUAGUCGUGAACCACGAGAUAUCUCUAUCUUUCUUCGACAUUUCGAAUUUUUUUAUUUGCAAAUCUCUCCGAUGAAAUAAACAGUUCAUUAGCAGGAGAAAAACAAG